AUGUCAAAGGAUGGACUUCAGAAAGGCGCCAUGUUUAUGGCAGGGCUGACUCUUUUGCAGUCUCUCCGUGUGGCGUUAACUGGAGCAAAGUUUGCACUUGAUAGAUUUAAAAUUCCUCAGCAGUAUGCCAGUUCGUUCAUUAACAUGGUCCAUAAUCCUAUGGAGUUGGCAACGUUUACUGGAAUGGCUAUUGUUACUUCUAUAGCACUAUUGACGGAUGGAUCCAAUGGGUCCUUUAAGGAAUUUUUCAAGUACCUUGCCAUAUUUACUAACAUAGCAUUGUGCUGUUCCUUUAUUUUGCUCCUCAUCGCAUUUACAUCUGGAGGUCAAAUGGGCAAUCUCACCUUCUAUUACUGGACUAUCGUCUUCGGUUCAUUUAUCUAUGGACUGAAUGUGGCAGCUGUAAUGACUGUGGGAAGUGACAAUGCCUCUCUUUUCAACAUGGGAAUUCCUAUUUCUGGCAUUCAAGUUUGUAUUUACUACUAUAUCUUUACUAAACUUGCUGAGUGGUCUAAUUUCUCAAAUGUUAGUUACUGGAUCAUAUUCUGGCAACUUAUAAUAGCGAUACUGAUAUCAGCAGCCUCUGCAGUUGUAUGGGCUAUUGGUCAAGCUGAUGGUGGUAAAUCUGAUGGUCAACCUGGUGCUGGUGCCGUCUCUCCAAUUUUCAUGGGAAUGGUAGGUAUGGGUGGUAUCUAUGCCUUUUAUCCUGCUAUCGCUCCUUAUAAAUUGACUGAUGUUGGCACUGGAUAUACUAUUGACUUGGUGGUUCUGUUCAUUAGUGCUGUUCCUGGUAUUAUUAUUGCUAUAUUAUGUCUAUGUAAUAACGACCCUAAGAAUGGAAUAGGUCCAAAUCAAGAAUGGACCAAUGAGAAGAGUGGCACAGGAUGGAAUUUUGCUUGGAUCAUGGCGUUUCCACAUAUUCUUGCCAUGUUCUCGUGCUUAUACGUGCUUCAUCACCCAGACAGUGAAAUCGCAAGUACUGUAAAGAGCAGUGGAGCACUUGUUGGAGUUAUUACUGUGACCUUAAAGUUCUGCGAAGAAUCACUAAAAGCAGUUUCAUAUGCCGGAGGUGGUGCAUAUGGAGGCACCAUUUCAUCCUUAAACACAUUCACAUCACAAUUUUUAAUGAUUGUUUUGGCCUUUACUGGAGACGGUUAUUUGAAGACCUAUUCCAAGUAUGAGAACGAUAAGGAUAAAUGGCCUACUGAGCACUGUGGGUUCUUUAAGUCCUUAGGAUACUGGAUAGGAAAUGGAGUAUCUGAGGCCUGUAAGAGUGUUAAAUCAUCUUUUACCAAGAAUGUUAGAUGCAAGGUUUUGGGUAAAUCAGAGGCCUUACUUAUCGUCUAUGCAGAUGAGGAAUUCUAA